CUGGAACAAUAAGCAGCACGAGAGGCCAACCUACCGCCUUUAUCACUACAUAUUUACAACACUGCUUGCCUGCUCACGUUCAGCUGCGCCCAUCUAGAGGAUAGACCGAGCAGAAACAAUACCGUUCCCUGCCAAAAACUGGAUAUCUUACAACGGAAGCAACGAUUAAUCCAUUCUGGAUUUACCAAACGCUACUGUUUCUGCAUGGAAAAAUCCCUCACUUGUGAAAACAUUGGUGCUUCUGUAGUGGAACGUAGACGACUUUUGGGGACAGCAUGUUCAACUUGAUCAAAAAAGACAAGGAGAAGGAUGGCGUUAGGAAGGAGAAGAAAGAAAAGAGAGACCGGAGGGAAAGAAUGUCUGCUGCUGAGCUCAGAAGCCUUGAUGAGAUGAGCAUGAGACGAGGCUUUUUCAACCUCAACCGGAGCUCAAAGCGUGACUCCAAAAACAAGCUGGAGAUCUCGAACCCAAUCCCUAUUAAAGUUGCCAGCAGCACCGAGCUCAAUCUAACCGACAUCGAGUCUGAUGGCCUUAGUAACCGCAGCAGCGUGGUUCUGGAUGCGGAUCAGCUCAGUGCCGCAAGCUCCAACGAUGACCUGAAGGGAGAGUAUGGCCAAGAUGUCCACCGGAGUUCUGUUAAGGAAAGGGCAGCUAGGUUUGGUUCCCUUGCCAUGCAGAACUCACAAAUGGGUUCGAUCAUGAAGCGCUUCUCUUUUUCUCAAAGGAAUAAAGAGGAGAGUCAAUCUGAUGGCUCUACACCCUCUGGGCAGAACUCAGCUGCCCCAUCUCCACAGGUUGAGUCUAAGGUCUUUGACCCCCAUCGUAAACAAAGCCUUCAACAGCAGCUGCCUCCUCCUCCUCCUCCUCCUGGGAAGAAGGUGCACAUUCCUGAGAUCGUGGAUAAGACGUUCCCUGCGGAUCUUCGCCUGCCUACCGUCGUGCCGCCGCAGACGCCCGAAGUUCGGGAGCUGGUGCUCCAAAGGCGGAACACUGGAGAUUUUGGGUUUUCUCUGCGGCGCACCACCAUGUUGGACCGUGGGACGGACGGAGGAGUGUAUCGGCGAGUGGUUCACUUUGCGGAGCCAGGUGCUGGCACUAAAGACCUUGCCCUUGGGCUGGUACCCGGAGACAGGCUGGUAGAGAUCAACGGGCGCAAUGUGGAAAACAAGAACAGGGAUGAGAUUGUGGAGAUGAUUCGGCAAUCAGGCGACACGGUUCAGCUGAAAGUACAGCCUAUCCUGGAACUCAGCGAGCUGAGCCGAUGUUGGCUGAGGAACACAGAAGGGUUGCGGCGGGAAGCUUUUGACCUGGAACCUGUGUCCAAUGCCUCUGCGUCGUCUCAGGUACAGAGCCCUUCUGGUGACACGUCUGCCCCCACCGCGCCCCUCCAUGGUCUGGCUGGAGUGUGCGCUCGUGUGGCCUGCUGGAGUGGGCAGGUGGAGGAGGAUCCUGUGGCAAUCCUAAAGGCAGACCAUUCUGCUGCCCAACCUAAGGUGAAGACAGAGGAGCAGAUAGCUGCGGAGCAGGCAUGGUAUGGCUCAGAGAAAGUGUGGCUGGUCCACAAGGAUGGAUUUUCUCUUGCCACAGUGCUGAAGACAGAGGCUGGCAGUCUACCGGAGGGGAAAGUGAAAAUCAAACUGGAGCAUGAUGGGACAGUACUGGAUGUGGAUGAGGAUGAUGUGGAAAAGGCAAACCCGCCAUCGUAUGACCGCUGCGAGGACUUGGCGACUCUUCUCUAUCUGAAUGAGUCCAGUGUAAUGCACUCGAUGAGGCAACGCUAUGGAGGAAACCUCAUCCAUACAUACGCAGGGCCCAACAUGGUCAUCAUUAACCCUAUCAGUGCUCCCUCGAUGUACUCCGAGAAGGUGAUGCACAUGUUUAAAGGUUGCCGGCGAGAGGACACGGCCCCUCACGUAUAUGCGGUGGCCCAGACGGCAUACAGAAACCUUCUGACCACACGGCAGGACCAGUCCAUCGUGCUGCUGGGAAAGAGCGGUAGCGGCAAAACCACAAACUGCCAGCAUCUAGUCCAGUACCUGGUGUCAAUCGCCGGCAGCACUGGAAAGAUCUUCACUGUUGAGAAAUGGCAAGCGGUGUACACGAUCUUAGAGGCUUUUGGAAACAGUGCCACCUCCAUGAAUACCAACGCCAGUCGUUUCUCGCAGAUCGUCUCGCUGGAUUUUGACCAGGCUGGUCAGGUGGCGUCUGCUUCCAUUCAGACUAUGCUGCUGGAGAAGUUGAGGGUGGUAAAGCGACCCGAGACCGAAUCAACAUUUAAUGUCUUUUACUACAUGAUGACUGGAGCAGACAGCACUUUAAGAACGGAGUUGCAUUUUAACCACUUUGCAGAGAACAGUGUUUUUGGUAUUGUGCCUCCAUCUAAGUCUGAGGACAAGCAGAGGUCAUCACAGCAGUUUACUAAACUGCAGGCAGCCAUGAAGGUUUUGGGCAUCUCCUCUGAGGAGCAGAAAGCUCUGUGGCUCAUUCUUGGGGCCAUAUACCAUCUUGGAGCUGCAGGGGCCACGAAAGCAGAGGCUGACGAAGCGGGCCGAAAGCAAUUUGCACGUCACGAAUGGGCCCAAAAGGCAGCUUACCUCUUGGGCUGCUCUCUGGAAGAGCUCUCAUCCGCUAUCUUUAAAUACCAGCCCAAAGGAUCCAUGCAGAGAUCAACCUCCUUUCGCCAGGGACCUGAUGAUGUUGGAGCAGGAGACAACUCUGCUCCGAAGAUCACGGCCCUGGAGUGUUUGGAGGCCAUGGCUGCUGGGCUGUACUCUGAGCUAUUUACACUAGUCAUCUCACUUGUUAACCGAGCUUUGAAGUCAAGUCAACACUCCUUGUGUUCUCUGCUUAUUGUCGACACACCGGGAUUCCAGAACCCAAAGUUAACCAAGCGUGACCGCGGCGCCACCUUCGAAGAGCUGUGCCAUAAUUACGCCCAGGAGCGACUCCAGACGCUUUUCCAUGAACGCACUUUUGUACAGGAGAUGGAGCGUUAUAAGGAGGAAAACAUAGAGCUUGCAUUAGAUGACAUAGAGUCCAGUACAUCUCUUUCUGUAGCAGCUAUAGACCAAACCUCAGCUCAAGCAUUGGUACGGACCCUGGCCAGGACAGAUGAGGCGAGGGGGCUUCUGUGGCUGAUGGAAGAGGAAGCUCUACAGCCCGGAGGCUCGGAGGACACUUUGCUAGAAAGACUCUUCAGUUAUUACAGCCCUGCAGAUGGAGAGAGCAAAGGCCCUGCUCUGCUGCUGAAAAGCGAGAAGCCGCAUCACUUCCUGUUAGGUCACAGUCACGGUACUGACUGGGUGGAGUACGAUGCUCGGGGCUGGUUGAGCCAUGCCAAACAAAAUCCCGCCUCUCAGAAUGCUGCUAUUCUCCUGCAAGACUCUCAGAAGAAGAAUAUCAGUGGUUUGUUUAUGGGACGUUCUGGAGGGGCCACCGUAUUAUCAGGAUCCAUCGCCGGGCUUGAGGGUGGCUCACAGUUGGCUUUGCGUAGGGCCACAAGCAUGAGAAAAACCUUUACCACUGGCAUGGCUGCUGUCAAAAAGAAGUCCCUCUGCAUCCAGAUUAAACUUCAAGUGGACGCACUGAUUGACACAGUAAGGAGGUCCAGGGUGCACUUUGUGCAUUGCCUGCUCCCCAAGGCAGAGGCUCUGACUGGAGAUUUAAAGGUGCUGGGAGGACCUUCACCUCGCUCUGGGGAAACAACAGAGUCUCAGGGAGAUAGCUGUGAAACAGGACUCAUGCAGCUGGAUAUCUGCUUGCUCCGUGCACAGUUACGAGGAUCCAAACUGCUCGAUGCUCUCCGAAUCUACCGCCAAGGUUAUCCCGAUCAUCUGGUGUUUUCUGAGUUUCGCCGUCGCUUUGACGUACUGACCCCCCACCUGACGAAGAAACAUGGGCGGAACUACAUAGUAACUGAUGAGAAAAGGGCUGUCGAAGAGCUUCUGGAGUCUCUCGAGCUGGAAAAAAGCAGCUAUCACAUGGGCUUAAGCAGGGUUUUCUUCAGGGCAGGUGUUCUGGCUAAACUGGAAGAGCAGAGAGACAUCCAGACCAGACGCAACAUCACCCUGUUUCAGGCUGCCUGCAGGGGCUUUCUGGCACGACAGGCCUUUAAGAAAAGAAAGAUCCAGAACCUGGCGAUACGCUGCAUCCAGAAGAACAUUAAGAAGAACCGGGGUGUGAAGGGAUGGCCGUGGUGGAAGGUCUUCACCACCGUUCGUCCUCUGAUUGAGGUCCAGCUCACGGAGGAACAGAUCCGUGGAAAGGACGAGGAGAUACAACAGCUCAAGUUGAGGCUGGAGAAAGUGGAGAAAGAGAGGAAUGAAUUGAGACUCAAUAGUGAUCGUUUGGAAAGCAAGAUCACAGAACUGUCCUCUGAGCUCACCGAUGAGAGAAACACGGGCGAGUCUGCAUCUCAGCUGCUGGAGACUGAGACCUCAGAGAGGCUGAGGCUAGAGAAAGACAUGAAAGAUCUGCAGGCUAAAUAUGAUGCUAUGAAGAAGCAGACGGAGUCUAUGGAAAUGGAAGUGAUGGAGGCACGACUCAUACGUGCAUCAGAGCUCAACGGGGAAAUGGAUGAUGAUGACACGGGAGGAGAAUGGAGAUUGAAGUAUGAGCGAGCCAUCCGAGAGAUUGAGUUCACCAAAAAGAGACUCCAGCAAGAGUUUGAUGAUAAACUAGAGGUGGAACAGCAAAACAAGAGGCAGUUGGAAAGAAAGCUGACAGACCUGCAGGCGGACAAUGAGGAAGUUCAGCGUGUGGUGCAGCAGCUGAAGAAGAAAUGUCAGAGACUGACAGCUGAGCUGCAGGACACCAAACUGCACCUGGAGGGUCAACAGAGCCGCAACCACGACCUGGAGAAGAAACAACGCAAGUUUGACUCCGAGCAAACCCAGGCUCAGGAGGAGGUGCAGAGAGAGAGGAGCCAGCGGGAGAAAUUGGGCAGAGAGAAGGACAUGCUGACCGGGGAGGUGUUCAGCCUCAGACAGCAACUGGAGGAUAAAGAUCUGGAGAUAUGUGCUGUCAAUCUGAAGCUGGAGCAGAUGGAGGCGGAGCUUCAAGAUCUGAACUCGCAGGAGUCGAAAGAUGAGGCAUCGUUGGCCAAGGUCAAAAAGCAGCUUCGCGACCUUGAGGCUAAGGUCAAAGAUCAGGAGGAGGAGCUCGACGAGCAGGCGGGCACCAUUCAGAUGCUGGAGCAGGCCAAGUUGCGUCUGGAGAUGGAGAUGGAGAGACUGAGACAGACACACUCAAAGGAGAUCGAGGGCAAAGAUGAUGAGGUGGAGGAGAUCAGACAGUCAUGCAGUAAGAAGCUCAAGCAGAUGGAGGUGCAGCUGGAGGAAGAGUAUGAAGACAAACAGAAGGUCUUGAGGGAGAGAAGAGACCUCGAAGCUAAGCUUAUGAGCGCUAAAGAGCAGGUGAGCCACAGAGAUGUGGAGACAGAGAAGCGUUUGAGGAAGGACCUAAAGCGCACAAAGGCCUUAUUGGCUGAUGCUCAGAUCAUGCUGGAUCAUCUGAAAAACAACGCUCCCAGCAAGAGAGAGAUCGCCCAACUCAAAAACCAGCUUGAGGAGUCUGAAUUCACAUGCGCUGCUGCAGUCAAAGCCCGAAAGUCUAUGGAAGUGGAGAUCGAAGACCUCCAUGUCCAAAUGGAUGACAUAUCUAAAUCCAAGCAGGCGCUUGAGGAGCAGCUAAGCCGUUUGCAAAGGGAGAAGAAUGACCUGCAGUCUCGCAUGGAGGAGGACCAAGAGGACAUGAACGAACUCAUGAAGAAACACAAAGCCGCCGUUGCCCAGUCCACACAGAACCUGGCCCAGAUCAGUGACCUGCAGGCCCAGCUGGAGGAGGCCAUGAAGGAGAAACAGGACGUGCAGGAGAAGCUUACGGCUUUGCAAAGUCAAUUGGAGUUCCAAGAGCAGUCCAUGGUGGAGAAGUCUCUGGUCAGUCGGCAAGAGGCCAAGAUUCGUGAGCUGGAGACCAAGUUGGAGUUUGAGAAGACUCAGGUCAAACGCUUGGAGGGUCUAGUGGCGAGGCUGAAGGAGAACCUUGAGAAGUUGACCGAGGAACGAGAUCAACGCAGCGCCAGCGAGAACCGGGAGAAGGAGCAGAACAAGCGUUUGUUAAGGCAGAUUCGAGACAUCAAGGAGGAGAUGGGUGAGCUGGCCAAGAAGGAAUCGGAGGCCAGCCGUAAGAAACAUGAGCUGGACAUGGAUAUUGAGAGUUUGGAAGCCGCAAACCAGAGUCUUCAGGCGGACCUCAAGCUGGCCUUCAAGAGGAUCGGAGACCUCCAGGCUGCUAUCGAGGAUGAGAUGGAAAGUGACGACAAUGAAGAUCUGAUCAACAGUUUACAAGACAUGGUGACUAAGUAUCAGAAACGAAAGAAUAAAAUCGAUGGCGCCUCCGAUACUGAUUCUGAGGUUGAAGAUCGUGUCGAUGGGGUGAAGUCAUGGCUGUCGAAAAACAAAGGCUCUGCCAAGAACCUGUCAGAUGAUGGAAGCUUAAAAAGCUCAAGAUAUGCUGUAAAUCUUGAUGGAAAAGAAGGAAAAGAGUGGGAAGAAGGUAAAGAGUGGAAAGACAAUGUCAAAGGUAAAGAGUUAGAACCCAGCAGGCCCGUGUCUGUCAUGAGUUCCCUUAGCUACAGGAAACGCUCCAACAUGAAGGACUCCAUUGGAGGCAAGGGAGAUGAACAUUCUCUCCUCAACACUCUGAAAGACCAAUCCGAUUCCCAGGAUCUUUCUUCGUUCCGCAAGAGCAAAUCCAAGCAGGAAAUCGAAGAUGACUCCUACUCUGUCACCUCCUGGAGGAAGGUUGCAGAUGAUCCCAACGAUAGGGGUUCUGUUAUUUCUCAAGCCUACUCGGAGGCUGCUAGUCGGGCCAGGAAGGGUAUGGACAGCCGCUGGUCGGAGUUCGAUAAAGAGUCGGUCGUUUCCUCCGUAGCCCCGAGCCGGGUUUCCACCCGCCGCUCUGCAAUGGAUAUGGAUGAUGAUGCGAUUUCAAGCGUGAGUCGUAUAAGUCCGUUGAGCCGCCGUAGAAGCAUGUCUCGUCUCGAUGACCGCCAGAGCGAAUACGGUUCAGCCGUAAGCCCCAGCCUGAGUCAUCGCAGCCCUGGCAGCGUGAGCCGUGCCGACUCCCGCAUGUCUCUGUCGCGCAGCUGCCGCCUCAGCGAAUUUGAUGUGGAUGAUGACGGUCGCAGCAUAGCUUUCAGCGAAGCUCGCUCAAGCGCUUACAGCCCUCACUCCACCUCCGGCCGCAGCUUUUCCAUGCCACCGCAAGCCAGAACUACCGACUCCAGUCCACCCGAUGUUUCUGACGUCAAGCCCGUAAGUCACCGCAACUACCUGGACCCCGACUUGGAGGCUGCCAUUAACGAAGUAUUGAGCUUCAAACCCAUCAAGUUCAAACGCUCCAGCUUGGAAGAUUCAGAAGUGGAGAAGGACAAGCAAGUAGAAGAAGAGGAUGAGAGGAAGAGCGUCAGUAGCUCCAGGACAGGCAGAGACAGCGGACGUUCCUCCAGCCUGAGGCGUUCAGCAUCGGCUGUGGACUUCAUGCGGUCCAGCAGCAGUCUCAGCACACGCAGCAGCCGAAGCAAGAAGGGUAAGGCCAAAAAGAAGAAGAAGAGGAGCCAAAGCUCUGAAUCCGACAGCUCGGAGAGCUCUGACGAUGGACGCAAGAAGAAGAGCUCCAAGAAAAAAGGCAAGAAGUCCAAGAGGAAAUCUAAGAAGGAAUCUUCGUCUUCAUCCUCAGAGUCCGAGUCUAGCACUGAGUCAGAUAGUUCGGGAGCGUCCACUAUUUCUUACAGAAGCUCUAGCAGUAUCAAGAAAGCCCCUGGCAAACAGGCCUCAGACUCUGAGGGGGAGCAAGAGCCCGAAGUCCCCUCGGAGGAAGCUCCAAAACUGUCUAAGAAAGAUCAGAAGAACAGGAAGAAGAAAGUAGACAAUCUUAUGAUGAAAUACCUGUACAGACCGGACAGUGAUUAAAGAUGCCAGUAGCCCACCCUCCAGCCGUAGACGCUUCUGCCUUGACAGAUCAGACGAAGAAGAGGAGGAAGAAAAAGAGGAAGGGGGCGCGGGCCGAAGCUCCUACCGCUCGCGCUACAAACGCAGCGCCUACCUGAACGACAGCGAUGGC